GAUCAGUGCAUGAACCACUUCCAUGGAUCUUUUGAGCCAGUUGCUCACCCAUUACCUUAAUAGUGUCAGUAUCUCAUGCUGCUUCCACAUUCAGUCGCACUCCUUGUUAGUGUUCAGUUUAGUCCUUGGCCGAUACUGCAGGCAUCCACACCUAAACCAAAGCACUACACGCAUGAGCAGAUGUUCUGCUGUGCACUGGCCUGAAUCUAAGGCUCAGCCAGGGGAAAGCAAUGGCCUUGGGUGAAGGACAGCUGUUCUCAGACCUGUCUUCUUUGAGUAAUGAAAGUAAUCUGUCACUAAAUCCAGCCACAGAAAUUAUGCAUAUUCUGAACCAGAAAGGAUGAAAACAUUUGGCGAGCUUAUAAUUUGUGUACAAAGCGAAUGCAUGUGAGUCUGUCUCCAGAGCCUUGAAGACUUGCACACCUGCCUGUCAUUCCUCAUUAAUCAGGUAUAAUGUGCCCCAUUAGAUCUGCUGUUUUAAGUGCUUUAAAGCAGCUUUCUGCAGCUUGUUAUAAGCGUUUGCUGUCUGUUGCCAUCCGUUCUGUGGCUUCCUAAUGACUCCCCGUCUCUUGUUUGUAUCCAUGGGUUUAGAGCCCAGCAGUGGGCAGCUGCCAAGGUUAGAUCCUGUUCGAUGCUGGCAUUCAAAGCUUUAGAAGCCAAGGGUUAAAAACCCAUCUACUCCUGGCACCCGAGAGUCCACUAUUGUCUUGACUGUCUUGUACACUACAGAACAGAGCUUUAGGUGUCAGUCAGCUGAAAUCCCAAAGACUUGGUCUUCACAAAUGACUGAACUUUUACUAUAAGUAGAAUCUGCAGAAACUUGGGAAUGUGACCAUUGGUUAAUAAAUCAUGGUUCUAAAUGAUCAUUUGUGGUGAAGCUCCUUGACAGUUGCAGGAACUUUCAGCCUAAAUUGGAAACUACCUGAGUCUAUUGUCACUUACAUUUAUGUCAGUGCGAAAGGAAAAGGCUUCAGCUGUGUGUGUCUGGUCCAUGCGCCUCUCUGCACCCUCCCAAACAUGAGAUGUCUUGGGUAGACAUCAGCGUUUUAGGAUAUUUCACUUACUCUCUUACAUUAUUGAUUUCCCUUGCAGAUGUCCUUACUGCCUGGAAUACAAUCCCAAAGCAGAAACACUACAUCUGACUUUGGCAUGACCGACGCCCUCCCGCGGAGAGAAAGACUAGUGCUAAGACUGUAAAGCAUUGCAGCUCCGUAUUUCACGUCACAGCUGAGCAUCCACUUUGUUUUGUAACAGCAUCUGAAGCAGAGAUGAUGUUCAUAUGACAGAAAUAGUUCUAUUUCCCCCCACCCAACAUCGGUCUGGCUACUGUGCAAAGUGUCCCUGUCGUCCAAGGUUAAUUUUAUCUUACUUAUCCAGGCCAACAGGCAUAGGAGAAAUGACAAAAUGUGCUUGAAGCCAGCCAGACUGCACUGCACACUGCCCUAAUCCACCUGGACCUCGUACGUCAGGAUGCUGUUUGUUGAUCUUAGUUAAGCAUUUAACUCUUUAUUCCAUAGGAAACUAUCUUUGAUCUUGGAAACACGGGACUUGAAACAACACCCUGUACCUGGGUUAUGGACAUUUUAAACACCAGGCCCCAGCUAAUCAGAAUAUACCACCUUAUCUCCCCCCCUCCUUCUAAACACAGGUGCUGCAUGGCACUGUGUGCGUGACCCUCUGCUGUUCUUCCUCUUAACGUGUGACUGCCUACCCAUCCCCAGCCCAAACACCAUUGUGAAGUUUGCGGACAACAGCCAUUGCCGCAUUGAUUCCCAAUAAUGCAUCCAGGGAGGAAGUCCUGAACGCGUGGUGCGGGGAAAAUAACGUCACUUCCAGCAGGCCAAGAACCAACAAACUGAUCUUCAACUUCAGGAUCCAGAAGAACAAAGCACACUCCAGAGAGAAGGUAGGGAAUGGUGUCCAGUUUUUCAUUACUUUGGGUUCAUAUUACGGAGAACCUUAACGAACACGUCCAAAGCAGUGAAAAAAGCCAAACCUCAGCUUCUGUAUCCCAGGCUGAGAAUGAUCCAACUUACCUCAGCAGCUUUUCCUGCUGCCCCACAGAAGGCAUCCUGACUUGUCAUAUAGUGCUGUGCUAUGCCAGCUGCAUGGCUGCAAACUGGAAAGUUCUAUCACUCGCAGUGAAAAUGCCACAGCAGCUCAUCAGCACAAAGCACUGAAAAGCAGCUUCUUCCCAAAAGCUGUGGCCAGAAUCCAAGGCUGUUAAUCCUGCUGCCGCGGUUCUUUACACCAGACGCUUUGUUUACGCUCUUGUCUCUUCAUACCUGUAUAUCUUUCGUAUAUCUUGUUUAGCUCUUAUGGAAUAUUCUACCCACAUUUUACUUGGUUUUUAUAUAUUAUUUUACAUUUCCCAAAGUAGAUAUUGUUAUUGUGUUCUUCAUUGUAUCUUGUAUUAUUAAUUGUUUCCGAAUCAUUGUUUUGAUGCUUGCUGGUGAUGCUGUUAGGAGUCAGUCAAACAGUUUUUCGUUGCAUAACUGGGCAAUGAAAAUAAAGAAUUUUGAUUAUGAUUUCUGCUCCAUAACACUGGUUCCGUUCAUAUUCGGAUUACAUAUUACUCUUUAUUUAUACUAACACCUCGUUCCCAAUGUUAAGGGAGGCUGCUGCUCCCUUUUGUGACCCUUUAUCUGCAGCAUUCAGCAAUUCACAGAACAAUUCUGCAGUAUCUGCUACUCUGCUGAUUAUAGGUACAUGCGCUGAUCUCUUUUGCCACCAUAGUUGCUCUGGGUGGGAGGGACAGCUAAAUGAAAAGUAAGCUGUAAAUUAGCUUGCAGUAAGUAGUUCCUAUAGAGCCCUCCCAACCCCUAACCAACUGGGUUCAGGUAAGAGCUCCAGUUCUGGGUAGGAAGGAGAAGGGAAAGGAGAGGAGAGAUGCCAUCAUCAGCUCACAUACGCAGCGGCCGAGGGGUGGAGCACUUUGGGUCAGGAGAAGAGGGAGCUUGCAGGGCUGCUGGAUGAAGAGGCCCAUCUUCUUCUCCUCAUAUUUGCCUCCUCCUCUUACUUCACCUUGCUUUCUGUCCUCCUUAAUUCUCCUUUUUUUAGAAUACAUCCUCUCCAUAUCUUUCACCAAAUGGCAGUUUUCUUGCUUUUACAUGAUGACACAGUUUUACAUUCUAAUAUAUGCUGUCUUGUUCACAAUGUGACACAGAAGUUCAUUUUAUCUUUUCAUCCGUCUCUCACCCUUUGUCCUGUUUCACGUAGUCACUGCCGCUUUUGAUCACUGCGGAACAUGAAGGACCACCAGCUGCAUACGGUUUGCAUUAAGCUGACACACAGCUGGACUUCUGUUGAGGCAAUUUGUAGUUCAGUAGAUUAAGGGUCUGUAUCUGGAAGGUUGUGGGUUUGAAUCCUGCAGCUGGCAGAGUAAUUGUAUCACCAUUGGGCAACUGAGGGGACACAAAUAAUAGAGUAUUAUGCUAUUUGAUUAUUAAUUAACCACAAACUAAGUCUUUGGUACAUGAGAAUCUAUCCAUCCAUCCAUCCAUUUUCCAAACUGCUUAUCCUACUGGGUCGCGGGGGGUCCAGAGCCUAUCCCGGAAGCAAUGGGCACGAGGCAGGAAACAACCCAGGAUGGGGGGCCAGCCCAUCGCAGGGCGCACUCACACACCAUUCACUCACACAUGCACUCCUACGGGCAAUUUAGCAAGUCCAAUUAGCCUCAGCAUGUUUUUGGACUGUGGGGGGAAACCGGAGUAUGAUAAUCUAAUGUUCAUUUAUUAUUAAUGAAUUAUAAAUCAUAUUUUAUUUCAAGCAGUUACUAUAUUUGUUACUGUAUAUCAAUUCUGUACCUUUGUGAGCUACUGAAUGAACAAAUAAUGAAUAAUGUGAAAUACUGAUCUCAUGUCGGUUCAUCAGUAAUGAGCUGUGAAGCACAAUUUAUCCCAAGCAGUGACUAUAUUUUUUUCUGUAAAUUCUGUAAACUAAUAAAGAAACUACAGAAGGAACAAGUGAUAAAUAACAAAAGUGAUGCUGCUCUCAUGUUUGUUCAUCUUUAAUAAAUCAUGACGCAUCUUUUGUCUUAAGUAGCUACUAUGUUUGGUCAUGAUUUGUACUUCAGUAGAAACUGAGUUAUUUCUAAGUAUUUGUGCCCCAUCAAGUAAAGUGUUACCAGUUUUGCAGUGAAAUUAGACACUGGCUGGUUCUGUUCUUUGACUCCUCACUUAUAGAUCACUUUGGACAAAAGUGUCUACAGAAUACAGGUAAACAUUUAAAUGCUGGACAUUUCAUUGGGUCAGAGAAAGACAUCUUAGAACUUGUAUAUCAAGUUGACUGGUGUGAAACAAAGCACAUUAUUUUAUAAUCUGACAGACACAUAUAUCUGAUAGAUACAUUCACCUGACAGACUUGAAGUCUGCCGUUACCAGUUUCCUCUCUAACUCUUAGUCAAAGCUGUGAAAUGCUAGUUCUGCCAUGGGGAUGACAGUGGAAGCCAUUUCUAAAGCUGUAGCUGUGUCCUUGUAUUUCUACAGCUGGAUAACUUUCCCCGCAGCAAUCCAGCGCCCCUCUGCUCCUCCGCCCCUCCCUCUGUGUCUCCUUUUGCCCCUCUGCUGAGCCCCGCUCCGUACCCUACCGUGCCUGAGCCGUCGGCUCAGCUGCUCUCCCACCGCAGAUAUGGGCUGUCGGCUGUCUGGAUUACGGGAGGACGAUGGCAAUGGGAUGAAAGUGCGGGACCCGUCCCGAACAAGCCAAUCGGAUUCCCUCCACAUGCGGGGCAGCUGCGAGCAGCCAAUCACGCUGCAAAUAGAAGGGUGGAGGGGGAGAUACCACCAGCACCAUUCGUGGCCAACCUCUGACUGCAGUACUCAGGCGGAGAACACAUGGCAAGCCUUCAGGUGUCUGGGCAUUUCUGCAGGGUCGACGCCCCAGAUGAGAGCUUACGCUGACAGACGGUGCUGCAGUCAUGUGACCCAGCCACAGGACCAUUAUGCUGCCAACCAGUACCUACCCAGCAUCCCCCUCACCCUGGAUAACCUGGUUAGACUGGAACACAAGGAAGCAGAGUUUUCCAGCUGUGUGCCUAAAAGACGUCAUUGUCUAAUCGGAUGCUGCAAUGCAAACAUGGAGGAGCCGGGCAGCUUCCUUAGUCAGACAGAGGAUGAGGACCCCGCAUUGGAAAAGCCUGUAGGAUAUCUGCCCUUGCUACACGAGCUGGACAGUGGUCUGGGUUGCACCGACGGAAGCUUCCACCAGGGGGAGCUGUCUGCAGCUGAAACCGAGGAGGGGGUGGAAGAGCCAGUAUCAUCACUACCAGGCCGCACCAGCCAUGGCAGCUCCCCCUCCUCAGAGUCACUCAUCUCCUCGGAGCUCAGCGACUCCGGCUUCUACAGCGUCAGCACCGGGGAAUUUCGCCGUUUCCAGAAACUGCUGGAAAAGAGGAUCCGCCUUUACAGGGCGCGGAUGAUUUCUCGAGACCAGAGGGAGGGUGCCAAAGCUUGCUGGGACUUGGAGUCCAUCCCCGAGGCCUUGGGUUGCCCAUCUAAGAGCAACUGGUCCCCUGAAGCCAGUCCAGCAUACACUGUUCACCAGUGUACCAAGGGCCCAUCCUUGGUCCAGUACAGGAAGGCCAGCAGCCCACAUCUGAGGAGGUACAGCUCCAGUGCAGGUUCCGUGUUCUCUGCUCAUGCUGGCCUGUCCCACUGCAGCAGCCCGUCUUGCCAGAGGAGGAUCUCUCUGCCGCGUCAAAACGCCUCAGCGGAGCACUUGUGGAGAGGCCAUGCUGUGCAGCAGCCCCUCCCCCGGCCGAUGAAGCAGAGGCGAGCCAGUCACCCUACAUCACCCAAUUAUCACGCGGCUGCACUGCACCACUGCAGGUGGCUUUCUACUGGCUAUAGGGAGAGGCCAGAACUGGCUCCUGCAGCCCAAGUAGGUUGGGGCAACAGACCCAGACAACAGGACAGUGCUUCAGACCAUCAGGGCUUUAUACACAGCGAACACUGCAGCAAUGUGGACUACAGUUUAGGGAUGCAGGAUGGCAUGUUCCAUAAAUGGAGUCCAGGUAACGAAAGCGAGACGGAGAUGCUACAGCAGCACCAUCACACACUGGAGCACCUGCAGAAGACUAAGGAGACGUGGCAUUCGGGCUCCAGAAAGGGCACCAUGGAAAGCCUCACUCCUGCCAGCCGGAAGGUGCUGGCAGGAAACCCCCGGGUUCUGCGCAACCAGCUGCUAAAGGCCCGAGCCUCACAGCUUGCAGAUGAGCGCAGCGAGGUGACGACGGACGAGGAGGCCCGUGGCGAGGUGAGGGCCGGCCGCUACUGGAGCAAGACAGAGAGGCGCCAGCAUCUGAUCUCGGCACGGGAGCAGCGGCAGCGAAGGACGGCUCGGGCCGGGCCCACCGGCGGUGGGGCUGCUGGCUGUAGCACCGUGCUGGAGCUCAGCCAGCGCAAGCUGAGCCGUCUGCGGAACCGGAAGCUGCUGGAUGACUGGACCACUGUGGAGGAGCUGCUGACCCAUGGCAAUCGGGUGGGGAGCAGUGAGGAGAUACUCUGUCCGAGCCCCCUGCUGUCUGUCACUACGGUGUAAUCUUAUCGAGAGGCAUUACUGCAAGGAGUCUUAGGCAUAAAGGCGGCAGAUUAGACAUCACAGAUGUUGGUAAAUGUCUUUUUUGUGAGGCAGGAGUUUGAUAUGCACUGUAAGUUUCUGUAAGGAUUGAUGUGACUGAUGGGCUGAUAGUCUCACUUAUCCUACAGGAGAUACAACCACACACAAGGCAUACAGUCUCUAAAUUACCCAUAGGGUGUGUGUGGCUCAUAUAUUGGCAUUUAGUCUCCACGAUGUGAUAAAAAAAAAAAAAACAUUGUUGUGAUGUUGUGGGGGCCAUUUUCUCAGAGUAAACUCAAUUUUAUAAAUAUCUGAGACUGCAAUCAAAAAACACUAAAAAUGCCCAAGGCCUUGUAUAUUUUAUUUUUUUAUUUUUUGGUUACUUAUGCUUAAGGUUAGGGCUGGGUGGGGCUUAAGGUCGUCAUUGCUGAGAUUAGGGUUUUUCCCCAUGGAAAUGAAUGGAGGGUCCCCACAAAGACAUGAAUACAAACAUUGGUGUAUUCCCUGAGAUGGAUGAGUAGCCCAUGAUUGGAGAGGAUACAUAUCAUUACAUUGUUACACUGUAGCUGUUAAUUAUUCUUCAAUAUUCUCAUGAUUGCUUUAAGUGUCUAGAUAAGUACAGCAGGUGUUCACUAUCAAAGUUUAACAAAGUUCUAACAUUAGGAAAUAAGUCACCAGGCUACAAGGGAAACUCAGCACACCUGUAAAUACUGUAUCAUUCCAAACUCACAGACACUCCACUGACUCGCUACAAUACGCUGCAGUGCAAUGCCCAGGACACUGGAAUCAGAGCAUGACUGAACAGACCCAGUCACCAUUAAGCACACUGCGGAAAAAGAAGCCGUUAACGUGUUCUGGCAGGGGGCUGUUACCCCCUCCCCCCAGUCUUUUAGACCAGUCUCCUUACCCACUACCCACUGUCGGGUUUCUGUUACCAUGUAUUCUGUUGCAUUGUGCAUGACUCCGAAUUGGUGAGUGGCAUUUAAAAAAAUAUAUAUAUUUAUUUACCUUUCACUACAACAUACAUAGUUUAUUUUAACCAAAAAUCAGCAUUCAGCCAGCGCUCCGGAGAAGCCCUGUGCUACCCACAGCUUCUACUGUCACUCCCAGCAGGCAAGUCCAGCUCCUCUGUCUGUGAUGUACCUUUGGAUUGCUUCUUUGUACUUUUGAGAACACCUUUGAAUCUGCUGAAUAUGUGGUUGUAAUAUAGAUAGGAUUUUAUUAGCUACAAUAAAUAUUUAGGACUGCUGAGGGAUGUCUGAUACAUU